UUUAGCUGUCGUUGCCGUUUGUCCAUCAUCAGGAAUUCGACAGAAAUGACCCGUGUGCCUUACUUAAGAAAGCUGUUUUGAUGUACAUGGCAUGUUUACCCAUUUGAUGGCCGAGCUAUCUAAUCUGUCUUCAGUGACAGUUGAGGCUAUAAUCUGAUGUUCGAGUCUGACAAUGAGUGGAAGAGAUUUGAGAACAUUUGUCACCAGUCACAGAUUCUACAGCAAUCCAGCCGAGAAAGAUACGUUAGUUCGCCGAGUGACUGAUGGAUUGGGCAGUGACAAAUAUGGUCAGGUGGAUUAUGAGAAACUCCGUGCCAUGGCGACGGAGAAAAAAUUCUCCUCCCACAAAUCCUUAAUUAAGAUGAAGAAAAUUGAACAGAUGUCAAAACAAACAAAAGAAGGCCACAUUCUGAAGCAACACAAGAUGAUUUGGCAAAAAGAAUUUAGCCGCUUGAACAGCCAUCGAAAGAAACUACAGGCCGACAUUGACAUUCACAUUAGACAAGGAUUACUUGAUCCUCAGUGCACGCAGCUUUUCCAAGAUUUGGAAGAUUUUGAGAAUUUGCUUGCGUCAGAUUUUGCAAAGUUCAAAGAGGCCACCACCAGUCCAAUUUGGGCGCUGAGAGAGGACCUGCAGUACUGGUUGACGGAGAAUCAGGCUGAGUUGAGGAACGGUACUCCGGAGGCUGUGGAGAAACACGUGGAGAUUCGCUGUAUGGUGGAUAACGUGUGGCAUCAGCAGAGGGAGAUUCUCAGGAGACUGCAGAAUGACCGUGUGUCACUGGAGAGAGAACUUAAGCUAGGAAGUUUAGCUGAGUUGUAUAACGCGUAUCUCCCAGAAUCCCACAUGCCGCGGGAUCAAGGCAUUCCCGAGGAAGCCUUUGACCUGGAGUGUCCUGAUAUGGAUUUCAAGGCUUCAAUUUUACAACAGUUUAUCCUGAUUGAUGAAAAGUACCUGGAAAGACUGUCAGCAUUGGAGGAGCAACACCGCUCUGUUUUGAGUCAGGACCAGAAUGGUGGAUGGAGUGAAGAUGAUCAUUUCAUGUUCCAAAUUAUUCAUGAACAGUACCCUUGUGACCUCCCAAACAGAAGAGCUCUAAUCCUGGACAGAAUCAGCAAACAUCUUCCUCACAAAACCAGAUUCCAUGUGGUAGAACAUGAACACUGGUGGUUAGGGUACAAGUAUUACUGUAACCGCCACAAAUCGAUUCUUCAUGACUGGCAGAGAGAUCGACGAGAGCUAAUGAACAAAGCUAAGGUGGUGUUCUCUGAGGCCUGUGUCACCCAGGAACUGGAAUCUGCCUUGGAAGACUGCAAACAGAAGCAGAGAGACCUGUGUAAAACGCUGUAUGAUAAGGUGGUGAAAUGGCGAGAGCAGAAAAUGGAGGCGAUGUUGCUGGAGAAUCAGAUAGAGGAGAGAAGACGAAAAGAAGCUGAGGAGCAGAUGAGGCUGGAGGAUGAAAAGGAGAAAAAGAGACGCAAAGUGGAAAAAGAAAAGAUCCAUAAAUUUCAAGAAGAGAAAAACCUUGUGAAGCAGAAAGCUGAGGAAGAAGAACAAAGAAAACUUGAGGAGAUGAAGCAGAUGUUAGCUGAGCAGGCGGAGUAUGAUCGGCAAAGAGUGAAAUAUCGAGAGGAGGUGUGUCAACAAAAGGAUGAAGACAGGAAAGCCAAGGAAAGGGAGAGAAUCAGGGAAGAAGAAGAGAAAGAGCGUAGACUGGAUGCGCUCAGAGAGCAGGUCAGAAUUGUGGCUGAAUCAGAUCCGGCCAGAGUGGUUCGAAAUACGGAGGCCUGGAGGAACAGACUGUUGGGAGAAGAAGCAGAUGUAGAAUUGCAGAAGCCUCUGUUUGAUGUGCACACCUUCACAGAGAAACAGGUGAUUGGUGACCCCAGGGUGAGGCUAGAGGCCAGGCUUAGGGAGGCAGGGGUGAUGCAGUCAGACUAUGCUAGGCAUGUCAUGUCCAAGAUAAAACCCAUCCACCCACCCAGGAGAGACAUGGAGUCAACAGUGUUCAAAUAUAACUAAAAACAAAGAGUCUUGUCCAGGACAAACUGCCAUGUCCAUGAAACCAAUCCACUCACUCAGGAGACAUGGAGUGAUCAGUGUUCAAACAGAACUAAACACAAACAGUUAUGUCCAAAAUGACACCCACCCAUCCACC